UUUAGCUUUCACUUUCGCAAUUAUUGUCUCCGUUUUAAGAAACACGAAGCAACAAACAGUUGCGGGUAAAGUUCCUAAAAGAUCUGCUCGACGGUGGUAUUAGGAUUCGGACUAGGAUUCAGUAUUAGGAUUACGUUUUCACGGAGUUGUGAAAGCAGUCAUGGCCUUGAUGGAAUCUCCAGUGUGUCUGAUCGAAAACACAAACGGGAAGCUUCAGGUGGACCAGGAUGCAAUCAGCUUCCUCAUGGGACUCAGCCAGCCAGUGGUGGUGGUGGCUGUGGUAGGGCUGUACCGCACUGGAAAAUCCUACCUCAUGAACAAGCUGGCUGGGAAGAAGAAUGGGUUUGCCCUGGGAGCCACCAUCCAGUCAAAGACCAAGGGAAUCUGGAUGUGGGCCUUGCCUCAUCCCACCAAACCAGGCCACACUCUGGUGCUGCUGGACACUGAGGGUCUGGGUGAUGUGGAGAAGGGUGAUCAGACAAACGACGCUUGGAUCUUCUCUCUGGCCAUCCUUCUGAGCAGCACUCUGGUCUACAACAGCCGAGGGACUAUUGACAACCAAGCUUUGGAAAAUCUUCAAUAUGUCACUGAGUUGACAGAACGGAUCAAGGUCAAGUCCUCUAGUAGUGCUUCUGCUGAGGAGAUUGAAGAUGGAGCAGAUGCCCAGUUUGUGCAGUUCUUCCCCAGUUUUGUGUGGGCAGUUCGGGACUUCACUCUGGAGCUGGAGCUUGAUGGGAGGAAGGUUAAUGAGGACCAAUACCUGGAACAUGCACUGUCUCUCAGGAAAGGUAAGGACAGGAAGACACUGAACUACAACCUCCCCCGGGAAUGUAUCCGCAACUAUUUCCCAUCAAGACGGUGCUUUGUGUUUGUGACUCCCGCCUCUUCGGAGAACAUGCCACGUCUGGAGUCCAUGGAUGAGCGCGACCUGAAUCCCGCGUUUCUCAAUGUCACCUCCAGCUUCUGCCGCUACAUCUUUGAGGAGAGCUCCGUGAAGACAGUCAAAGGAGGGCUCCCAGUCACUGGAAGGAUGCUUGGCCACUUAGCGAAAACCUACGUGGAGACCAUAGCCAAAGGUAAUGUGCCGUGCCUGGAGAAUGCAGUGCUGGCCAUGGCGCAGAUUGAGAACGAGGCAGCGGUGAGAGAUGGCCUGACGGUGUACCAGGAUGGCAUGAAGGACCUAGCUUUUCCUGUGGGCAUUGAUGAGAUAUCCAAGCAGCACAGACACUGGGACAAUCUGGCCACCAAGGCGUUCAUGAGCCGAUCCUUCAAGGACGAGGACGGCAAAUACUUGAAAGACCUGGCGGAGGCUAUCACAAAGCACUAUAGUGCUCUUCUCACAGAAAAUGAGGAGGCAUCUGAGAGGUAUUGCAGGCAGCUGCUGACAGACCUGUCUGCCCCAAUGGCCGGAAAGCUUCAGCAGGGAUUCUACGCUAAGCCAGGUGGCUAUGAGCUCUAUUGUGGUGACCAUGACAACAUAGUGGCCCAGUUCCGCAGCCAGCCCAACAAAGGGGUCAAAGCAGAGGAAGUCCUGGAACAGUUCCUGAAGGAAAAAAGCGUGGAAUCCAACUCCAUCCUUCAGGCUGACAACAAACUCACUGACCAGGAGAAAAAAAUUCACGAGGAGAAAGAGAGAGCCGCCCUGCUGGAGCAAGAGAAAAAAGCGGCGGAGGAGAAACGCCUGGAGAUGGAGAGAACUCUCCAAGAGGAGCGUCAGAGCCAGGAAGAGAAGCUCAGGAUGAUGCAGGAUAAAAUGGAGGAGGAGAUGAAGAAGCAACGGGAAGAAUCAGAGAGGGCCAUAGAGUGCAAGCUGCUGGAGCAGAGGGAUCUGCUGGAGAAGGGAUUCAAGGAGAAGGCUGACAUCUUGAAUGAGGAGAUCAGAGAGCUUAGAGAGAAGAGCAGUUCUGCCAGUUCUGGCAACUUUUUCACUAACACUUUAUUGCCAUUACUUAGCCAUGGACUCCAGACAGUCUCUUCUAUCUAUCAAUUCAAGGCUUUAAAGAAAGGAAUUGGGUUUUAAAAAGCAUUUUCAGUCCCUGACACCUUUAGCAGAAGUCAAAAAUAUAGUUGGCAUGCAUACUCAUCUAAUAUCUAUUACAUGUAGCAGCGAGAAAUAUUUUCAUAAGAGAUAUUACAAAAAAGCAAAUAGCCCCAAUGUUAAACAUGUGACUUCUCUAUAAUCUUUUUUUUGCAACAACAGUGUCCAGUGUUACAAAUUGAUUGAUUGGAUCUGAGAGUGUCUGUCUGUCAGUGGCUGAACUGAAUGUU